AUGGCUGCUCUGCACGCAGGCGUCAAGCGGACGUUCCUUGAGAUGCAUGGUCUUCUCGAAACGACAUCUCACCCAAGGCCGAACUCCAAGGAAACACUGCAGCAGAUUGCCCCAUCUCGACAGUCCAGCGCUACCCCGACUCCACCAAACGGGACCCACUCCAACAUCGGUGGCCUUGAUUCAAAGCCCAGGAAGGUGUCCUUCACCUCCGAUGCGUCCGUCUUGUUGAUCGGUGUGCGCGGCGUUGGGAAAAGCUCGUUAGGCUUCCUCGCUGCGUCGGCAUACACACGUCGUGUCAUCGAGUCCGAUCGGGCCUUCUGCGAAUUAGCAGGCUCCAACAGGACGGCGUAUCGGAAAGCCCGGGGAACUUCAGAGUAUCAUCGAAAGCAUUGCGAAGUCUUGAAGCAGCUCUUGGAAGCCCACAGCAAGAACUGCGUGAUUGUGUGUAGCUUCGCUGACCUCGAGAGUGACGGCGCCAAGUUGAUACAGAACUAUGCCCAAUCGCACCCCGUCAUCUAUGUCACUCGAGAUGUAGCUGGUAUUCAGAGCUACAUUAGGGUCUGGUCCGAGGAAAGAAUUCGAGACUUGAUCCGUGCUAGCGAGGCCUUGCUGCGCGAGUGUUCCAAUUUCGAGUUCUUCAAUGCCUCCGAGAAGCUGGACAGGAGCCCGACGUCCACCGACGAUGGCAGCAGAUUACCCUACAGCCGGAGCACAACUGGCGCAUACCUCACUCUGAAAAGGACCGAGCAUGACUUCCUCAAGCUCCUCAGAAACGCGAUAGGCGACCACGACCGUGGCCGGUCUCACCAAUCAGCAUAUCCACUCUCGCAGAUCAGCGUCGACAAACUCGAGUUCACCUCAGCAGUGACAAUCUCCGCCCAAGACGUCGUGUCCCGCAAGAUGGAUCUCGAUCAGGCGCAGAAUGGCGUAGAUGCCAUCCACCUCCAAGUCGGUUCGAGCUCACGAAACGGCGAGACGUGCAACCUUGGCAAGCACAGCUGCUUCAACAUCAUUAGUGAAGCAUUUGCCGUCCUUCGACGCUCUACAAUCUUGCCCAUUGCGAUGUUUCCAGCGGAGGAUACUGCAGCCACGACGUCCGCGAAAGUCACCAAAGUAGAUUUGCUCGAAUACUGCCUUCGUCUUGGACCAGAGUUUUGUGCUUUCGACCUGACCCUGGAGGACUCUCAGUUGAAGCAUCUGUUGAUGACAAAAGGCCGUACUAAGGUGAUCGGACAAUAUACGGCACCGGGUCGUCUCUUUGACGGUUGGCAGAGCCAGCAGUGUCUUGAAAUUUACCGGAGAGCACACAGUCUGGGCUGUGAUCUUGUUCAGAUCACGAUGCCGGAUGGGACACUCGCAGACAACUUCGCAAUCCAGGCCUUCCAGCAAAAGAUUCAAACUCUGUAUGGUGGCAAAGGCCCAGGGUUGAUCGCCUAUUGCACAGGCAGACAAGGGAGGACAUCGAUGUGCUUCAACAACAUUUUGACUCCCGUUGCGCCACCGAAUCUGAGUCCGAGCGCAUUCCUCGACGAUGCUGUACCGCUUGUCACGGCCAAGGAACGGAACGAGGCACUCUUCGCAAGCUUUGUCCACGAACCUAUGCGGUUCUUCAUCUACGGAGCGAAUGUCAGCUUCUCCCUCUCGCCGGCGAUGCACAACUCCGCCUACGAAGCCUGCGGCAUGCCACAUACCUAUCGAACACACUCUGCCUCGACUCUUGACGACUUUGCUGCGCUAGUCAGAGAAACCGACUUCGGAGGUGCGGCAAUAGUCCAGCCCUUCAAGACACGGGCUCUGCCCAUGAUGGAUCUUCUGAGCCCUCACGCAAAGGCUAUCGGGGCGCUCAAUACCGUCAUACCAUUAAGAGACGACAACGUAAUCAAGUCCAUCUCGAGUGAAGUUGGCAUAUUUCGGGAGCGCAACCGUACGGGUACCGUCAAGGCCCUCUAUGGGGACAACACAGACUGGAUUGGUAUCCGAGCAUGCAUCCGCAGAGGUCUAUCUCCCGCAAAUACCGUUCGUCCGCACACUACGGGUCUCGUAUGUGGCGCCGGCGGUAUGGCUCGAGCCGCCAUCUAUGCCAUGAUCUCGCUGGGCGUGCAGAACAUCUUUGUGUGCAAUCGGACGAAGGGCAAUGCCGAAGAGCUCGCCACACAUUACAACCAUCUGAUCCAGAGGAAUGGCAUAGCCGAAUUGUCGCCGUCGAAUGCAGCAAAUACCUUUGUGGUCGCCCUGGAAUCCUUCGACAGCCAGUGGCCCGGCAACAUGCGCCAUCCGACCAUGAUUGUCAGUUGUAUUCCAACGCAGACAACCGACGGGACCCCAACGAACUUUACGCUACCCAACGACUGGCUCAGUAGCAGGACGGGCGGUGUUGUCGUCGAGCUCGCGUACAUGCCAAUCGUGACACCUCUCGUUCGUCAGAUCCACAGCGAAGGGCGCAAAGGCUGGAUCCUCAUGGACGGUCUGGACAUGCUACCCGAGCAGGCAUUCGCGCAGUUCGAGCUGUUCACGGGACGACGAGCGCCGAGAACGCUGAUGAGAGACGAGGUCUUCCAGCAUUACAGUGAAGAUGAAUUUCCACCUCACGGCGCCCUUAACACGGACUCGCCAACAUGA